UAAAACGAACGGCAGAUGCCUACGUAAAUAAAGGUGGAGACAUCACCAAUGCUGCAGAUUUUCUCAGAGCACUUGAAUCGUCCACAUCAAUUAAACUAAUGGCUGUAUCCGAAAAAGCUAUUAAGGACCUAGAAGAAGAAAUUCCGUUGUCAAUUAAACCUGUCCCAAAAACUAUGCAGAUACAUCAGAUAAUAGUCCCUAACCAAGGAAGGCUAUUAUACAGACAACUCUCGUGCUUUUGUGCUAGGCCAAAUUUCUGCCAUUGCUUCCAGCCAGAAUCAGCAUGUUUUCCUCUACAGUCUACUGUUGACGUCUGCAGUUCUUCGUCUCCUGAAGAAGAGCAUGUGCCAAUCUGUGAAACCAGUCGGAUUAAUCGAAUUUCGGAGGUAGAUGAAAGUCUUGUAUCAAAAUACUGUGUCGUCAAAUACGACGGCCGAGCAUAUCCAGGAGUCAUACUGGCGGUUGAUGAAGAUGAUGAGUUAGAGGUCAAAACCAUGCACAGAGUUGGGCAUAAUCGGUUUUUUUGGCCUAUGCUGGAGGAUACCCUGUGGUAUGCCAAAGAAAAUGUAAUAACCUUGCUGAAGAAUCCACCUAGACCAGUUACCAAACGGCAUGUUGAGGUUGACCCUGCUAUCUGGGAACUUAUACAGAAGGAAGAAGAUGAAAUUUAGAUUGUUCUAAUUAAAUUGAAUUAUGUUGUUGUUAAUUAAAGAGUAUUGAACUUAUACAGAAGGAAGAAG